AUGCUCGCAGCGGGCUCCGCUUCGGAGUCCCCGAGCGGGCUGGACGCGAGCUCCAGCGCGGGCGUGUCCUACAACGAGAUGUCCAUCGGCAUGGACUACUCCGUGGAGCUCUCAACUGAGCUGGACGAGAAGUGCGACUUCGUGGAGGCGGUCCGGCCGGUGAAGCGGGGCCCCGUGGGGGUGGCCUCCUCACCCAUCGAGGAGGGUGAGGAGCCCAAGGAGGCAUCUCCCAAGGCCGACGCCUUGGACAAGCUGAAGCCCAAGAGUCCAGAGGCUAAGGCGAAAGCCUUCGGAUUGGACAAGACCGAUGCCUUGGAUGGGCUGCUGCAGCCCAAGACCCUGCCGCUGGCGCCGCUGGCGCCACUGGCGCCACUGGCCAAGGCGAAAGCCGCCCCGGAGUCCGUGGCAGGCGAUGCCAAGUCGCCGAAGGCGACAGAAACGGCAGAGGAUAAGGAGGAGGAGGACUACGGAGACGCUUCCUUCGACGACAACAUGUCUGUGCCAGAGUCCAUCCCAGAAGACUCGGCCCUAGGAAGUGGCAGUGAGCGCAGCCAGGAUUCGGUGUGA